AUGAGAGACGUAUUUGCAAUAGUUGUGACGCUUCUGCUGUCACUGUUUUCUUUUCCAACCAAAACCCAUGCUGUCUUUAAGCGCCGGCAGAAACCAACUCCUCAUUUAGGACAUGACACUUUUCUACUCUCCGGCGAUGAGAGUGACACCAUGGUCAUGAAAACGAAGGAAUGGCACCUGAAAAUAGGAACAGCCAUGAUGAGGGGAAGACGACGAUAUUUUGAAGAUGCGUGUGUGGUUACGGCCGCUGUGCCUGGGCAACCGAACGUCCGUAUUCAAGCAGUAUUCGACGGUCAUGGUGGGCCAGAAUCGGCGCAGGCUCUGGCUGUAAACCUGCAAGAUGUUCUUACUGUCAUUGUCAUUGUCGAACACCUCGACCACAAGGAGGAGGUGAUUGUCCAAGGCCGGGAGAUCGUUCCAUCGAUGGACGGGCAUUUCGAUACCAUUCAAGAACUGAACAGUCGCUUUACCGAAUCUGCGCCUCGCGAAAAAAUAGAGAUUGGCAACAGAGAGCGCCCCUUCAAACUUCACGUCGUCAACGUUGGUGACUCCCGGGCGAUGUUGGUAACACGCGAGUCCUACGCUGCUCUGACGAGAGAUCACGUGCCAGAUGAUCCAGGGGAGUUGAGGCGCAUUCAAGAGACUGGUGAUGAGGUGAAAGUGGAACGCGGUUGUUUUCGGAUCAGAGGUCUCGCAAUGAGUCGUUCGUUUGGCGAUUUUGGGAAAAAGGAUAACCCUAGCCCGUCGCCAAUCACUGCAAAACCGGAUGUGAGAUAUUUCUACGCGACAUGGGAAGACGUUCUAAUUCUUCAUUCUGACGGUCUUCUUGCUGAGAGCGACAGAUGGGAAGAAGUUGCUGGUGCGGCUCUACAAUGCAUGGAGUCCGAGCCUCGGAUUCGCGGCGUUGCAACCUGUCUCGUACAACAGGCUUAUAGAAGAGGAUCCACCGACAACAUUACUGCCUUGGUGUCAACAUUUCAAAAACCGUGUACGCGUCCUGAAGCCAAACUUGAAAUUGUCUCAAUGACGAGGAGAACAAGUUCACCACGAAGGCUUCUGAAGGAGGACUGGACGUUCAAGCUGACACCGGAUACAGCCGACUUUUCGUUACCCAUGUUCUAGAUACCUAGAGCGUCUCAGCUGUAGUGUUGACGACCACAGCGAAGACACAAAGCUGAGAACCCCAAUGCUCAGAUAUGCCCCGGAUUCUUCAAAGUAUGUGCGUCCGUCAUUUACGCGAAGAACCGCAGGUCAGAAAAUGCAGUUGCUGUCGCAACAGCAAGAGGUGCUCACAAGAAUAUCAACAGCGGUGUACGACAGUCUUUUCCUUCUACGUUCAACUAGAAAAAGGAGACGGUGAGACUUGACAAGAAUAGCAACGACAUGCAUUCCUUUCCCCUGGAGCAAGCAGUUUAUGCUUGCAGUGUGCGCAACUGAUCAGCGGAGAGGGUAAUUGUUACAUCGGUUGUGACCGCCAAUGUUGUUGCCGUAAGGAGUGAAGGGCUCUUUCUGAAUUUGUUUUGCAAUUCGUCAGUUGCAUUUGAGACAGAUAUCGUUUCAUUUUGUUGGCUGAUAAACCAGAUUAGGGAUUUUGGGUGGAGAUGGCCUAAUCAUUCAGGUGGAUUGAGCGCUCUCGAUCACGAAAAACUACCCUAGGAAAGCUCUAGGUCGAUAGGCUCGCGGCACUAAAUCCUUCGUUUCUGUUACUUCGCAGAGCGUUCGUGUUUGCCGGUACGCGUGGCCCCGGCAGUUUGUGUUAGGUGACGAACUCUAAAGCAUAAUAAUCAGAAGAAGUU